AUGGGAAAGAAGAAAGGUCAAAAGGUGACAGACUCUCAGGUGAAACACAGUCAGCUAUGUGAGACUGUCGGACCUUAUACCCAAACCGUCAUCAAUAUUACAGCAUUGGCCGCCAGGAUGAAGGAGAGGGUGUAUGGUUGGUACCCGUCCGCCAAUGACGUCUAUGCAAGGGGACCGUAUAACAAGUACCAGCAAGAAUGUCUGUACAAGUUCCGAGACACAAUGUACGAGAGCAAGCCACUGGUUCCACCAUCCCCGACCCUCAUGGUCAGAGGGUAUUCCCCAGCGCCACCUUCCGGAAUGAGGCCCGCAUCAACAUCACAGUCACAAGCAAAUAAAUCGACCGCGGGACCAAGAGCUAAAAGCGCUCCAAUUCCGAAAUUCAAAUUAAUACCGCGAUUACAUAUACCCACUCCCAGCCAAUGCUGGUCCACAAACCUGCCGGAAACGGAUUACACGGUGGCGCCACCUACCCAGAAUCCCUUGGAAGGAAGUCGCCCUUCCACAGCCUCUACUCAAGUAUCCUGGCCCGUGCCCAAGACCACGAAACCGGAAGUACACCACACCACCAACGUUCCAGUUGACCACAGUGACCGUUCUCAGAUCAGCUGGCCGCGCCCAAAAUCCAACCCUGAACCAGCGGAAACUCCAGACAUGAUGAUGAAAAGAACAAGGAUCAAGAGUGCGUCAUUGCACAGGGAGAAGACCCCAAUCCCAACCCGACCGGUCAAGUCAGCUGGACCGGUUAGAUCACCCAUGCCCCCCAAGAGCACUACCCCUGCCCCAGAGACCCGACUCACAUCCCCACCCAAACCCAAGACCCCCGUGCUUCGCCCCAAAACCCCUGCACAGGACCCCGACUCGGCGGAUGAGGGCGUGGAGGCGGAAGAGUGGGAGGUGGCGAGGGAGAAGUACGGCUGGAUGGCUGAAGUUCAUGGCAACCCGUAUGGAUAUAAGAAAAUUGCCAAGCGGCUGCCCUACACCGUGAAGUGUGUGGAGCCGGAACUAGCGCCAGAGCCUCCCGUCACCUACAUGGAGAACAUGGAGACGUUCUUCUUCAACACCAUCCCGCGACGACCCAUGACCUUCGCAGUCCACAAAGAGUGGAUCUCCGAGGUCCUUCACGCCAAGAGGCUGGAACUCCAGAAGCGCGAGGGCGUCAAGUACCGAUGGAAGAACUUCGGAUUCGUGUAUUAAGAAGUUUCCUGGCAUCAAAUACCGUCCUUUUUACAUCAUAUUUCGUCAACUGAACAGGUAUCUCGGUUUGAUUGAUGCGUAGGCACGCCUCCUCUUUGAGAAUUAGGAGGUUUGGCAACAACUGAUGUUAGUUUUUAAAUUAUAUAUCAAAGGUUGAGCCGGGAGUGGACUUCAAACACAUUGAUUUGAGAGAUGGGAGGGCAAAUCUCCUGGGAAAUUUACUAGGAACUUAUGCAUUGGAUGAAGCUCCAUCUACCUUGAAUCCCCUAGGAGCACUCGACCUUUCCACACCACACAGACUUGCGUAGUUUGGGGCGUUAUAAAGAACUCAAAUAUCUUUGAUAUCUCAGAAGGUUAUUUUCAAAAUGACCAGGUUAACAGACGUUCACCGUAUUUUGUCUGUAGGCUGAAAACGGGUCAGCAACCACAGUAGGACAAGGGACAAUAUCGGCAUUCAUAGACAAAACAGUCAAACCGGAUAUUUUAUCGGAAAGAACCAAACAUUGCUGACCGCCCUUAACAACAAAUAUUCAAAACUGUAAACUAUGUUUUAGUUGACGCGUACGAUGAAUUUUUUAUACACAUUACAUAACAUUAGUCUCUGUUCCUGAAGAUGAAAUGGUGUCUAGGAUACACAUCGGUCAAGAUUCUUGGUGUUUCCGUUUGAUAUUACUGAUAUUAACAUUUCACAGAGCAACCCACAACCUACAUAUUAGGUGAUAUAAUAAGUCAAAGGGCUGGAAUAUGUCAGUAUUUAUAAACUAACCACAGACACUGAAGACAUCUAGUGCUAACUCGGGUUAAAGUUUAGAAAAAUAUAUAAUGGUACCGCUUUGGCCUGGCAUAAUAUAGGUCACAGGUCACACCAUUAUUUGAUAUCUACCCUUUUCGCGACACCCGGUGUCAUCGCUGAUUUUCAGUGAUCCAUUCAUAAAAUUUUCACCUCUAUUUUGCCUUUUACUCCCAAUUGAAUCUGGUUUGCAGAUAAUUGAGACUGAUAUAUAUUUACAUGUUACACGUGAACCCUCUGACGUGCUCUGUGCCUCUUUAACUCCAAAACACAUGCAUAAGUACCUUCUCGAGAAGUCACUUCGACUUCAUAAAAUUUCUUCAGAAAACGUUUUUUCCUUGAAUCCGAAUCAAUGCACGGGCGUUGUGAGAAAUCCUGCUUAGCUUCGAUUCCAAAUCCCCAUCGUCAACUACACAUCUGUAAACGACCACAAGGUCAUCCAAGCAAGAUAAAUCUGUAUCUUUGACUGCUGAAUCACGUGUCUCCACCAAUAAAUAGCCAGAUGUUGGUGAAAAAGGGAUAGGAUAAUAUACGCUAUUGUCAAAUAGAUAAACAUCUGACGUCUUCAUUUCAGCCGCGUUUUUUGGUCAGUAUUCCACCAACAUCGAUAGUUUAUUUUGGACUUUCUAGCCAAGGUACAACAGGGUCUCCAAGUUACAACCGAUCCACAAAGUAUGUUGUGCGUCACGAAUUUCUGCUCUUCCUUUCGUAAUAUCAAGAGCAGUUUCUGUAUUCGGACGCGUCUGUUUCAAGGUAGGCUUACAGUCAACUGAUAUUACCUAAUGCUAGAUAAUAAUCAAGGUUAUACAAAUAACUGAAAUAUUACAUAUUAAUUGCUCUGAGCUUCAGAAUCCCAUUUCGCGCCGAUUGUUUAAAUUUUGGGGUGUAUCGAAAAAAUAGUUAGAAAAAAUGAAAUUCUCUGCCACGAAAAUGACAUUGUUGCAACGUGUUUUUAGAAAAUGUAUUUUGGCUCAUAGUUAUGAUUAAAAAAUAUGUGGUAUUGCAGCCAAAAAUAUAUUGUAUUUGUUCAGAGACAAUCGUAACACUUGGCUUCAGGACAGGGUCAGCGUGUCCAUUGCGCACCAAACCAAUGUCAGCACUUCCGGUGUGGUAGCUGAACAAGGAACACGUGCAAGGUGCGACACCGUCAAUUGAGACCAUGAGGGCCAAUAAGUAACAACAAUCGUAUAAAUAUUGAAUUUAAGUAUAUAUAUAUCUUCUUAACCAGCAAUUACCGAGUUGGGAGGAACAACCUAUUGGACUCUCAGUCAAUGGACUAUGAAUAAUACAUACCGGCAGAUUAAACUGUAGCGUGACCAGUUUUCGUGUGACGGAAUGUGGAAAAUUGCAAUCAGAGAUUCUAAGCAUGCAUAAGUUUUUUUCUUCUUCUCUUUACCAACCGUUUCUUCUUAGGCCUAACGUUCAGGCCUCCCAAAAUACAUGUCGCACAAAUUAUGCUUCAAUAAUAAAGCAUACAGACUGGUCUUACGUUACAUGGCACUAUUGUAAAUCUCAAACUAACAAGUGCUCUUUUCCCGCUAAUUAAAUUAUUAAUGAUUGUCACAAAGCGUUCCUCCUUUUAGUCCCUGCAGCAAUGGGUCAUCGAUGUAACCGUACCACUGCGCGCUAUAUACCUUAUAGCCUUCCUUUUUAACCCGAGUUUUCAGGUCUCUUCAGACGGUUGCAAUGUAGCUAAAUACCGUAAAUCCUUCAAUACGAGAAAGGGGUUAAUCUUAUUUUCAGAUUAUUUCAAAUAACUCUUCUCGGUGUUUAAAAAUAUCGGUUUCAUCUAACGCUGGGCCAUUGUAUUUAUAGCAGGCGUUUUUUUCUUUGUUUCGAUUGACCCGGAGUUAUUUUUAAUGCGGGUAUUUAUUAAAGGAUUUACGGUAUCAUGUUAAACCCAACUCGCUUAUCCCUCCUCUGGACCAGGAGGCGCGGAGGUUUGGUCGUCAUAAGAUUAACAUACAACACAUAUUGUUGAUUUAUUUACACAUGUUAAAGUUAUUAUACAGGGCAGUAUGUUAAGCAACAACUUUUCACUCAUCUAUAUGGCUGUGAUGUAUAUAACGAAGCAAUGUUGUUUUUUUUGUAUUGUAUUGUUAUGAACAAUGUUGACUUUCUCAUAUUAGUAUAUAUUGAUCCCAUAUUUGCACUCCAUAAUCUAUACUCAAAAACCCAAAUAUUUGUCAUAGUAUUGAAAAUUAUAUUGUGAUUCUUUCGCACAUUACUUAAAACUCCUCUAUGAUCCUUAAAGACGUUAAUCUGGAAAUGUAAUGCGAUAAAGUUGAUAACAUGGGUGUUCUUAAUAAAUUUAAAAUUUCCGAUUUAAAAUGGAAUUAUAGUGUUUUUUUAACACAGGUCAUAGUAUCUUUUUAUUUUCAUUUUCCAUUAGAUAUGAACAACGGUCUGAAAAAGACAGGUAUUUUGCGAUUUGACCCGAUUUGAUUGGCAUCCAAAUACCCAGAUCAGUCCUGACAAGUGAUUUGCUGUGUACAUAGAAGACUCAGUUUGUCAGUCACCUUUUACUUUUGUUUAAGAAAAUCCGCGACUGCAUGUCAGGAAGUCAUUAUCAACUUUGCCGAUUAGGCCAGAAAGAGUUAUCGCCCUUAAGCACAACCUGAAAAGCCUCGUAUUUCCGCCGUGUUGUUUGUUGAAUAGUAAUUAUGUCUUCUAUUAGUAACUUUAAAGGCCAUGCGAAUAUCUCGAUUCCUACCGACCCGCCUUCAUGUAACAAAUGAAAGUUAUACGUUGUAUUAAUUUUUAUGAAACCCGCAUGUCAGCUGUUUAUUGUGGUAAUGCAGAAAGUAUAAUAGGCUUACAUGUAGAAUCUGAAAGGAAACAUAAUAAACCAAACUAUCACUUCUUCGUUAACAUAUAGAAAUCUAGAGGAAAAAUAUGGAAAAAUCGUCCUACAUAACCCAGUAUUUUAAAAACGGUGAUGAACAAAUUAAGACUUUGAAAAUGUACUGGACCGUAAGUGAAAAAACAAACUAGAUAGUUGUUGAAACAGUUCAUCUUACAGGAUAUAUAUAACCAGUCACCUUUCGUCAUAGCUUUGGGAGAACAUAUCUGGAACAUUGCCGAAACUUCAUGUUAUUUAUCUGUGAUAAUGUUAGUUUGUAUAGUGUUGUCUGUGGUGAUUAUGUCAACACUAACAUAACAACAAUAUGUGUAUGUGUACAUUUAUGUCAGACAAUAAAUGCUUUUACACUUAA